CGGCAGUACCGUCGCAGUUAUACACGAGCAGAGCUUUGCUGCGCUCAAACGGCUUCAAUUUGUGCAAGAACCAAUGUUGGCGGCGCUGCGAUCUCGAUCUUUCAAUUUAUCAAGACAACCAGCUUCACUCCUCCAUGGAUCAUGGAAGCUAAGGUUUUCAGGUUCUAGCCACGUAUUCUCUUCAUCAACAAUGGAAUCCAGCAGCGGUAUCAGCAUAAACAAAGGCUUACUGGACCUAAAUGAGGUUGAGAAAGUUCUCACCGACGUGAAAGCCGACGACGUGAAAGUGAUACCAGUUCAAAAGCAAUGUGAUUGGGUUGAUUAUAUGGUGAUUGCCACUGGCAGGUCUACGUGGCACGUCAAAAACAUCGCUCAAGCCCUUAUUUACAAGUCUAAGCAAAAGCAGAAAGGAGCUCAAAGGAUGAUGCUCCCUAGCGUGGAAGGGCAAGAGGCUGGAAAAUGGAUCGUCGUAGACUCUGGCAAGGUGAUAGUUCAUGCUCUCGAUGAGAAGGCCAGAGCUUAUUACAACCUAGAAAAUCUUUGGACUUCCAAUACCUCUAGAAAAGAACCAGUUCAGGAAUUAGAACAAGCAUUUGUUAAGAUUCGUCCCAAGAAUAAUUCUAAAAAACCAGCACAAAGACGCCCCUAAGCCUUCCAUGCCGUUUUCGUUUCACAUCAUGAAGUAGUUUGCUUCCUUGCCUGUGUAUAUGGUUAAUGACUUAAUGUCUUGUGAAAGUUUCUUCUUCAGUUAGAUACCCAAUCUUAUGUUUUAUUCUGUUGGAAUCAAUCUGCCACAGUUCAAUCUGC